AUGACCAUAAUUCAUCCCCUACAAAAUACACUUACCUCUCGUGAUGGGUCAUUGGUUUUCGCCAUCAUAAAGAAUUGUAUUUUGGGCUUCAAAUACCAAUCAAUAAACCAUUGGGAAUAUGUUGGAAAAUGGACCGAUAAUUUUGAUAAAACUCAGGAAGUAAAGAAAGACAUUGUUAAGGAGCAACAGGGACAAAAUAGCGAAAUUGAAAACGAAAACAAAAACAAAAAAUUGAAAAGUAAUAAAGGCGAUUCCAUCGCCAAGACAGAAGUUAAGGUACCAUCUCCAGGCAUUGGUGCUCCUCCAAUAUAUUCGUACAUUAGAAAUCUGAGAUUUACACCAGAUGAAUCGAGACUGAUUGCGUGUGCGGAUUCUGACAAAUCUGUUCUUAUUUUUGAUGUUGACAAAACUUCCAAGGAUAAUGUUUUGAGGUUAACAAAGAGAUUUUCUUUCCCUAAAAGACCCAAUGCCAUUUCUAUAGCAGAAGAUGGAGCUACAGUUACUGUAGCAGAUAAAUUUGGUGAUGUGUAUUCUAUUGAUAUCAAUUCUAAUCCGGAAGAAAAAUUCACUCAAGAACCUAUCCUAGGCCAUGUCUCCAUGCUAACUGACGUACACAUGAUUAAAGACUCUGAUGGUCAUCAAUUCAUAAUCUCUAGUGAUAGAGAUGAACAUAUCAAAAUCUCUCACUAUCCACAAUGCUUCAUUGUGGACAAAUGGUUGUUCGGCCAUAAGCAUUUUGUUUCUUCUAUAUGCUGUGACAAGGAUUAUUUAUUAUUAAGUGCUGGUGGUGAUGAUAAAAUCUUUGCUUGGAAUUGGAAAACUGGUGAAAAUUUGUACACCUUCGAUUACAGUAACUUGAUAAAACCUUAUUUGAAUGAUCAGCAUUUGGCACCACCAAGAUUCCAGAAUGAAGAUAAUGAUAUAAUUGAAUUUGCCGUUAGUAAAAUUGUAAAAUUAGAGAAUCUGCCGUUUGUUGCUUUUUUCGUUGAAGCUACAAAAUGCAUAAUAGUUUUGGAAUUAUCCGAAAAAUUAAGAGGUAAUCUUGCAUUUAAGCAAAUUAUAACCUUUCCAUACAAUGUUAUUUCAUUAUCUGCGCAGAAGAAUGAACUUCAAGUCACUUUAGAUAAUAAAAACUCUUCGGAUGUGCAAAAUAAUUUUGCUAAAUUCAUUCAGUAUAAUUCUAAUGACAGGAAGUUUGUUGUGAAUGAUGAAAAGUCAAACAACUUUGACAAUACUAUCAUAAAAUCAGUGAAAGGAGAUUCUAACUUGGAUACGAAGGAAGAAGAUACAUACCCCUUGUACAAUAUUUCCUCACUGAGAAAACAUGGAGAACAUUAUUCAUGA